UCAACAUCAACACUCCACCGACCGCCGACCGCCGACCGCCGACUCGACGCUCGUGGAUAUCAAUAGAUCUCUCUCGAUCUGCACCGGCAUCGCCUUUUGUGCCGCCAGCCAACAUCCAUCGGUCCGCCUCCCAGCCGCCGAUCUUGGACUCGUCGCUCGAUUUCGAUCCGCCAGCUGCACCUCAUGAUCGGUCGUUGCUGUUUUGCUGGGCAAAUGCCUGGACGGAGCCUGGCAUUUCUCCUGAAAUCACACUCCCGAACGCUCUCGACAUCGAGCGCGCCGACCGUGUGGAUCAUAUCGGCCGGAGACGUCGCCGGAGACAAGCAAGCGAUGGCCCUGGCCACGAUCGGCCAGCUCGGAAAGCCCAUCAAGAAGAAUAUUGUGCCUUCCAAACGCAUCAGCUGGCUCUACCCAGUAUUUCAAAAGAUCAUCAUGGACCGACGCACCAACAAACUCGAAAAGUCCGAGCAGUUUGACAAGUUGAGGCAGCUCCAACCCCUGCCGUGGUAUCUCGAGUCACCCUCGAACGAUGUUCUCUCGGAGCCGCUCCCGGACUAUGUGAUCUCGUCGUGCCCGUCAACGACCCUGGCUGCUCUGCAAGUCAAGGCGGCUUCCCGCGGAGCAACCAAAGCCAUUCAUCUCCAGCAGCCGUUUGUCAACAUGGAGGUCUAUGAUGCCCUGGUGAUCCAGAAGCACCUGUGGCCGCUGCUUGCACUGUCGUCGAAUCUGUCGAGAUCGGGCUCUGUUAUUGGCACCAAGCUCUGUUUGAACGGAAUCACAUCCGAGGCCCUGGAGCAAGCCGCACGGAAUGAGUCUGUCUUGCCGGCCGCUUUCUACUUGCCAGACAAGGAGUCGCCCAUCUUUGCUGUUCUGAUCUCAGCAAUGCACAACAUCAACUUUACUUGGUUUUCGGACGAGACUCGGCGACUCGUCCAGCAACUCGAUCGACUCUACAGGGUCCACAAUGCUCGUAUCGCAAUGACAUUUACUCGCAAGACACCCGAGACCGUGAGGGGAGCCAUCCGCCAGUGGGCAGAGAGCGUCCAGGACAGCGAGAGAGUGUACCUCUGGGACGGCACCGGCGAGAAUCCGUACGAAACGAUGCUGGCCCGAGCGACUCAUAUCGCGGUCACUGCUGAUUCGAUGAUGAUGACCUCGGAAGCCCUCAUGUGCAGGAAACCCGUGUACAUCAUCGGCACCAACAAGUGCAAGUCGGACCUGCAAAAGUUCCACAAGUCCCUGGUCGUCGCCGGCCAUGCUCGGCCAUUUCUGCCAAGUCGUCUGCCCCCGGACGUUGACCUCGACUUUGGCGUCGUGAUGGAGGAGAACAGCGAAGGCGAGGAUCCAUUCAGUGACAUUGGCGAUCACAAGUCGUGGCAGUGGUGGAGGGAGAAUGAGACGGCAGAUGCCGGCCGGGCGAUUCGCGAGAUGCUGUCGUCCAAGUAGAGCAAAUACGCCCAUGAAAUCACUCCGAAUCAUCUUCGUAGUUGCUGGGCGAUAUUGCCCACAAAAUGACGGAGGGAGGGGGAGGAUUGAAACACUCUCAUUUCCACACUCGCCCCUCUCUCGAUAUUGGUCG